AGUUCGAACAUCCAAAUCCCUCUCCACCAAUAAACCAGGAGGCGGAGCAGCAGAGAAGAGGAGACCAUGGAAGUGGGGAGAAUGGCGACUUGGGUGGAGGGGCAACUGCGCCGGCUGCUGGUGGAGCACCCGGUCAUCGAAUCCUUCGAGUGGAGGCCAAACGAGACGUUUGGCGCCUCCGUCCCCUUCGUCGCCACCGCCGUCGCCACCUACGUCACCCUCGUUUUCCUCUUCGGCCGCAGCAUAAUCCCUCUCCCCCACCCCUCACCAGCCCUCCUACGCCUCCUCUCCUCCGCCCAUAACCUCCUCCUUCUCAUCCUCUCCGCCGCCAUGGCCGCCGGCUGCGCCCUCUCGGCCACCGCCCGCCUCCCCUCCCCCCGCUGGCUCUUCUGCUUCCCCCCCUCCGCCAUCCCCCGGGCCGGCCCCCUCUUCUUCUGGGCCCACGUCUUCUACCUCUCCAAGCUCUACGAGCUCGGCGACACCCUCCUCAUCCUCCUCGCCGUCCCCCGUCGCCGCCUAACCUUCCUCCACGUAUACCACCACGCCGUCGUCGUCGUCAUGUGCUACGUCUGGCUCGCCACCGCGCAGUCCCUCAUGCCGAUCGCCCUCGUCACGAACGCCGCCGUCCACGUCGUCAUGUACGCCUACUACUUCUCCAGUAGCGCCGGCCGGCGGUGGCCCCCGCGCUGGAAGAGGGCCGUCACGGAUCUCCAGAUCGCCCAGUUCGUCUUCAGUUUCCUCGUCUCCGGGAUCUUCCUCUGGUACCACUUCACAGGCGGCGGGUGCGAAGGGAUGCGCGGCUGGCUCUUCAACGCUGUCUUCAACGCGUCGCUCCUCGCCCUCUUCAUCGACUUCCACCUCAAGGCGUAUAAGGAGGCCAAGAAGAAACCCAAGACGAAGGCCGCCGCCGCCGCCUCGCCGAAGGCGGCGGAGUCAUGACGCUCCCCCGCAGCGGUGAUGGUUGGAUUCCUCAGCCAUUCUCGACCGGGCGGUGACGGGACCCGAGGAAGGGGCGUGGAACUUUGUAAGCCGUAUUUAUUCUUCUCUCCUUAUUUUUAAGCUUAUCUUUGAAACUUGGAAAUGAGCAACACGAGUUGGGAUCCGAUUCAAUUCAGAAGAUUGAAGAACCUUGAAACCCU